CCAUAAAUUAUUCCGUCAUAGAGCAAUCAACAUGAAUAAGGAGCAAAGUGAAAUUUGCUUACAAAGAUCUAAAAAUUACAUUAAAGAUGGUGAAUAUGAACGAGCAAGAAGAUUCCUCCUUAAAGCUGAAAAGCUCUAUGAAUCAGAUGAGGCGAAACUUUUGCUGGCACAACUCGAUGAACUAAUACGGAGGGCUGAAGAAAAUGCACAAAGUAAAAACACCACAGAAACGGCAGGAGAAACGCCGACAAGUGAAAACAACACACAAGAUUCAAAUACUAGGCAAAGACAAAGGAUGUUCUCAGGUGAUAAGAAAUAUACAAAAGAACAAGUAGAGGCAGUGAACAGGUUAAAAAAAUGUAGCAAUUUUUAUGAGAUACUUGGAGUAGAAAAAAAUGCAGAAGAAAUGGAAAUCAAGAAAGCGUAUCGAAAAUUAGCAUUACAGUUUCAUCCUGAUAAAAACCAUGCACCUGGUGCCAGUGAAGCAUUUAAAGCAAUUGGUAAAGCAUUUAAUGUUCUCCGGGAUCCAGAGAAACGAAAAAGAUAUGACGUGCAUGGCGAUGAGUCACAGCAAUCUACAAGAACACGCCGCUCACAUAAUGGAUUUUACUACGAUGCAAGGGGGUUUGAUGAUGAUUUUUCACCAGAUGAUUUGUUCAAUAUGUUUUUUGGGGGAGGUUUUCCAAAUGGCAAUGUACGAGUGUAUUCCAAUGGUAGACAUUAUGAACGUCAUACAAGGCGAAAUGGUCAAUCAGGUACACAGUAUGGUAUUAUCACACAAGUUUUACCAAUUCUGGUGUUAGUUUUUAUGUCUUUGUUAUCUGCCAACUUUCUCAAUGACAGCCCAUAUAGUCUAUCAAGGCAUGGUCCAUACACAAUGAGACGUAAGACAGGGAAUUUGGAUGUUAUUUACUAUGUUAAGGAGGAUUUUGCCAAGACAUAUUCUGGCCGUAUUCACCAUGUGGAGAACAGUGUUGAAGAGCACUACCUUCAGAAUCUACGAACCGCAUGUAUACGAGAGCGCUCUCAUAAGGAAGGGUUAAUGUCAAAAGCAAGAUAUUUUGGAGAUAGGAAACUUUAUGAACAAGCCCAAGGAUUGACAAUGCCUAGUUGUACGAAAUACAAUUCUCUUAUUGAAAGUAGAUAAUAGAGUUAGCAAGAAAGGCAUGAAAGACGGUCAUCGUACAGCAAUCUUCUCGAGGAUGACCUCUUCUUGUGUUCACCUGCUAAAUUUUAUUGCUGGCUUUUAACAAAAUUAUUCUGUUUUAUUUAAUUUAAACAUAUCGAGCUUAUCAGUCUGUGGUUGGCUGAUGUUCAGCGAGUAGCUUAAUGUGGGUUUUGUUCCCUGGCUAUCAAGAUUUACUGUACACAAAAACUGCAUUGCGCGACUGCUAUAUAAAAGAAAGUUUUGGCAAUAUUCUCGCUAUAGAAAAAGUCCACAUAAAUAGGUUACUCAGUAGCGGAUUCAAGGAGGGGGAGGGGACCCAGCUGGAACAGGCCCCCCAAAAUAUUUGAAAAUUUGAGAAAAAAAAUAAAAUGAAGUCUGAGAGUGCCAUUUCCGGGUGCCAUAAUCGUAAAUUUUCUUACCUCAGCCCCAACCAUGGUGGCGCUGAAGUGGUCCCUCCCUGGGCCUGCUCUACAGUAUUUAAAAUUCUUGGAUCCGCCACUAUUACUAACCCUAGUAUUAUUAAACUCCGCUCACACUAUCAAUUUUAAAUGGGUAUAUCUUGCCCAUAUAUGGGUAAAUCAUGCCCAUAUAUGGGGUAAUCACAGCACCUUGGUAGUGUGGACAGAUUAUUAGCAUUUUGACCCGUUUGUAUAACUUUUUAAAUGGGCCUUUCCUCUGAGCUAAAAUUCCACGACAGUGAAAACAUAUACGACUAUGAACAUGUGUUUCUGGGACAUGUGCAUAUUCCUGGCCCCAUUCUGAUUGGUCAGUAGUUGCGUUUGAUUAACACUCCCGAUAGGUCUAUUAUAAUUGUGUAUUGGGUAUUCAUACCAUUCUGUGUAAAUGAAGAGUGCAUUGAUUUUCCUAUUUUUUCAUAUAUUAAAAUUUGAUUUGAUAUAUUAUAGUAGCUGUAAGUGUAUAUAUUAUGUGAGGAUAGAUGAGUAACAGUAAAUGUUGGUAUGAAAUAUGAAAUUAAUUAUGAAUGUUUUUAUUAUAAUAUUAAAAUUGAUUGGUUAAGAAUCAUGUGAGUAGGAGUGGGUGGAGAAUUGUUUCAAUAUUUGAUCCUUAUAAAUUAUUCUUAUCAAAAAUGGUUUUGUGUCUGCUCCCGAGUUAGCAUUGCAGUAAUAUACUCAUUUAUCUAUGCUUGUAUUCUGUAAAAAAUUGUACAUGUUUUGUUAUAGACAAUUUUUUUUAAUGUUUCAAAUUUAUCUUAAAUAUUCUUAUUUUUAAUGUCUUAGAUUCUUAAUAUUUGAUGUGUAUUGCCAGGCUAAUUUCAAAUUAUAACAUACAUUAAAUAUUAAAACCUUAAUUUAGCAAAGCAAUAGUACUCAUAUUGAGGGAGGCGGAAUCUUUCUGUCCAACACAACGUUUCUAUCUUCUCUUCAGGGGGUGACCCCUCUGUCCUACAUGGAUAUUCUCUCUGCUAUUGACAAAUCCAAUUAGGAAACAGCGCUCUCUAUUGGUGCCGACAUCAGUGAGGACCUCCUUGGGCCCCUCCUCCCUAUGUUUUUCCUUUUGUUACCUAAACUCUAUAUACUACUAACUGUUUAUUUAUUUAUUUAAUGUUUAAUUUCUUGUUGGUGUUGACAUGGAUGGUCCAUAAGAGAUAUGUUUAAUUUUAAAUUUCUUUAAUUACAGUUUGCAGUUUUACUUAAUAUCAAUGUUGUAUGAGAGUACCAUAGCUUGAAUUGAGACAUUUCUUCUGAACAAAAAAAGAAAUUAAACAAGACGUGUCAUUGAAAAUAUUAUAUGCUUAACAUUAGUAUAUUUAUGACCAGUGCAAUCAUUCUUUUUAAAAAAAAAUUCUGUGUUAACUAACAUGUAUAUAAAAAUAAAGGUAGUGCUUGAUGAGUUUUAGGUACUAGAUGUCUUUUAAGCAGGUAUAGAUAAACAUAUCCUGCAUACACUACAGUUAUGUGUCAAACUCAAAAGUUUGAUCAGAUUUUGAUGAAGGUGCACAACAUACAUUAUAAAGCUCUGUGUACACUAUCAAAUUUUAUGAGACAACUUUCAUGUGCCCAUAUAUGGGCAUGAUUAUGUCAUAUUUAGGCCUAUACCCAGGUAUGAACAUGUCACAUUUAUUUGUCACAUUAAAUUUGAGGUUGUGGAUGGAACUUUAAAUUUGUGUGUCAGAUUUAUUAGAACAUGUGUUUGAUCAUUAUAUUUUGUCUGAGAAAAAAAAGUUUGCUGACUCAACAAAAAUGUUACAAUUUAUUAAUUCUGUAUUUUAAAAAUGUAUUACAGUAUAUUGUUUUUAUUUACAGAAAUACUACUUUAUGCUGUGGGUAUAGUUCCACUUACGCAGUUGUAGAAAUAGUUACUGUACCUUGUUCUGUAUCUCUCUGACCCAUGAUAUCAGUCUAACCGUCAUAGAAUUUGGGUGUAAAAAAGUAUAACAAAAAUGAAAUGCUGCUCAAUGGCAACUAGCAUAUGCCUAACAUAAUAGUGGAGGUUUCUUCUUUUGACUUUUAUUGUAUGGUUCAUUUAUCUUUUUAGGAUAUUGAUAUGUUUUCAAAAUAAUAAUCUACAAAAAGUGUAAUUAUCUGCCAUCUAGCAGUGUUGCAGGUUUAAAAACUUAUGCUUCAGCACCAACUUUUAACUUCAUUUGGAGCUAUCAAAUUCCUAUUAUACCGGUAUAAGAUUUUUAGCAAAAUAAUUCUUCAUAUAGAAAAUUUAUGUCCUUUCAAAUAGCUCUCUUUGAGUGACUGAUGCAUCUCUAAACCUGAAAUUAUUUUGUGUUUAAAAAAAAAUAGGCAGUGUAAAUAAUUAACCUUCAGAAUAUAGUGUAAAGCCGGACAUACACUGUCAGAUUUUAUCAGACCAUGUUUCAUCAGACUUUGAUGGAUAAAAAGGGGGAUGGGUGGGGUAGGGCGUGAGUGGUAAUCGAGGACCUAAUAUCUAAAGGGAAUGGAACCUAUGGUCAAGCAAGCAUGGUUUUAGGCAAGCUGCAGAGUUUUAGCAAUCUUAAUCUCUUAUCUAAAUGAUCUCACACUUAGUGAUUUAUUGGCUCCUGCCAGGAGGAGGGGUUCUGUAACUGUCUAUUGUCUAUUCUGAAUUUGACACACGCAUCUGACAGUGCAUGUCCUGUUUAAAACUCAAGUGGUGGCGAGUUAUUUUAGAUUUUUGUAACAUUAAACAAUGAAGAUAUCUAUUUAAUUGAUUAAUUAGGUGUUUAUAAUGAAUGUGAAAAUAAAUGGUACACAGUUCAAGAUAUUUAAUGAUAUGUCACCUAUAUGUAGUUUAAGUUAGUGUAUUAUAUUUGUCUGUACAAUGAUUUAUAUCAAAGUUUUUGGCAAGGAUUAUUAAAUCAGAUCAGCUCUGGGAGCAAUAGA